UCAACGGUCUCCUGAAAAAACAAACUCCAAAAUGAAAAUGAUGAUUGUUCUGGUAGCGAUGGUGGCGGUUGCCCUGGCUGCACCAGCCAAGGAACAGAAGGAGGUGAUAGUGGUGAAGGAGACCCUCCACGAGAACAAUGGCCUCCCCGAGGGCUAUCAGUACGGAUAUGAGCUCUCUGACGGCAGCAGCAAGCAGGAGCAGGCACAGUUUGAGGAAGCCGUCGACGAGGAGGGCAAGCCCGUUCAGGCGAUCGUCGUCAGGGGUUCAUACAGCUUCGUCGGGGAGGACGGUGUCACCUACACCAUCAACUACACCGCUGACAGCAACGGAUUCCACCCAGAGGGUGCUCAUCUCCCUGUUGCUCCUGUUGCCUAA